AUGUCCAAAGCAACAAACCCAGCAAAGAACAAAUACAAGAAAGUCCAAAGCACCAAACUUGGCGAAGAACAAGCACAAGAAAGUCCAAAGCACCAAACUCGACAAAGAACAAACACAAGAAAGUCCAAAGCAUCAAACCCGGUGAAGAACAAACAAACACAAUCAAAAUCCAAAUCACCAUUCCUGGCAAAGAACAAAUAUAAGAAAGUCCAAAGCACCAAACCCGACGAAGAACAAACACAAGAAAGUUCAAAGCACCAAACCUGGUGA